AUGCUGCUGACUUCACUGCUCUCGUCGGCGAGUUCCCUAGCGGUGCCAUCGGUGGCACAGAAACACUCCGAAUCCCCGAUCGGCCACGAUCAACUGCCAUCUUCCGACCACGCACACCCCUCAGCAGCAGCAGCAGCAGAGGUCCAUCUACUCCGCUAUCAGCAGCAGCAGCAGCAUGGCUACCGAAGAGCUGACCCUUUGCUCGGUGGCCCCACGCUGGCCACCGACCGCGAGUCGGACGAUCGGUUGCCGGAUCUGUUCAAUCUCACCCUGACCGCGAUGCGCCAGUAUCUGCGCCACCAGCUGAACGAGUCGCGCUUCGGCAAGGCACCCCGCAAACGGUCCCACCUGGUCCACGUGGCCGACGACGUGGACGUGGAGUUUUACCGGCGGUUCAAGGAGUUCAACAACAGCCAGGCGGCCCUCGAUGGGCCCACCAACAUCUCCACCCAGCAUCCGGGCUCGAGCAUGAACCAUUCGCAGGUCGCACUUCCGUCGGCUCCGCAACCGGCUGAUCCCGGUGAAGGGACGGCCGCCGUAGCAUCAUCGUCCUCCGCAGCACCGGUGGCCUCCAGUGGUGGAACCGCCACCGGAAGCCAGCGGGACUACAGCGUGCUGAUGGAUGAUCCGCGUGGUUACAUCACGGCAUCGUCUUCCUUUCCUCUGCGACCGGGCAAAAGUCCGCCGACCGCCUGGAACGGCAACUUCGUUCGACACAGAGGUUACAUCUACGGGUUGGUCUCGUUCUCCGUCAUCUGUGCGCUCGUCCUGGGACUGUUCGGAGUGUUUCGGUGUCUGCGGGCAACCACGGCCGCGCGUGCAACGGAAGCGCUGACGCUGCCGAUCCAGUUCAUCGCCGACGAUCUAGCACCUCUAAACACCGACUUGAACCAUCUCCCGGUACCCAUGCUAUCAGUACAGUCACCGGGCUGCGCGGGGAUGGAGCGGCUCGGCGUUCCUGCCCGCGGUUCCAUCGGAUCACCACCAUUAAGGGAUGAACGAACUCGACGGUUACGAGUGGACUCCGGACAGCAGCAGCAGCAGCAACCCCCGGUGCCGGCUCAGCAUCACCGUUCGGACCUCAUCCUGAGCAGCACCACGAGCAGUAACUUUAAGAGCAACCCGCCCAGGAAGUCCUGCCUGUUCCUCAAUCACCACCACCAUCAUCAUCACAACAAUCAUCAUAAUCAGCAGCUGAGCGGCAGUAGCGGCAGUAGCAGCAUCAACUACAAAACGCAUUACAGCAAUAGCGGCAGCUCAUCGUACGGGAGCGGCAGCAGCACCAGCGGCACCAGUGGCGUGGCCGGUGGCGUCAACAGUUCCCUCACGAGUUUCCCCCACUGUACGCACCACGUCCCGCUGCCGGACGGCGAGUACGGACCGGAUCGCGAUCUGCAGAUACGGACACCGUGUCAGCAAUCGGAAAUACCUCGGACGUACGUAAAAGCCCCACCGAACAAAACCGUGCGCGAUGUCCCGGUACAGUACCAGUCGACGGGCGCGAUCUCGGUCGGUCCCGGCCUGGCGCUGGUCUCGCCCGGGUCGCUCGACGGAACCGCGAGUCAUCUGCGCAGUACGUCCAGUGUGGCCAGCGGUACCAGUAUCAGCGGUGCCGCCGCCACCAUCGCCGGCGGUUACCUACACUCCUCGUACGGCAGCGGUGGUCUGGUCGCGGCCGCCUGCGGGACAGUACCACCGGGAGCCAGGCUAGUGGACCGGGUGGCUGCCACGUGCCAGCAACAACCAGCCAGCAGCCAGAGCCAGAAGCCGGACAAGCUGCAGAAGAUCGGCCAAAUCCUGCGGCUCUUCCCAGGUAACAAGACCUCCAAAUCUUCAUCACCAACGUCGUCAUCGGGCGCCGGCAGUGGCAUUAGCAGUAGUAGCAACAACAACAACAACAACAACAGCCACAGCGGCAACGGCGGGAGUAGUAACAAUAAUUUUACCACGCUGCAUCUCGGCCAUCUCGGGUGCAGUGGCACCACCACCGUCAACAACAACAGCGUGCAGAGUAGUGUAAGCGCCGCCAGCAACGGGCUGGGCGGACUGGGUAACAAUCACAUCAACAACAACACCAUCAGCAAUAGGAGCAGCCUGGUUCUCGGGACCGGCAAUAGCAGUAUAGGUAGCAAUAGCUUAGGUACCACCGGCGGUAGCGCCAUCGCCGUAGCCGGUGGGGGUCGUGCGGUGCAGGGCCUGGUGGCAACGGGCGCCAGCAUUCAUAACCACAAUCAGCACUAUCGAUCGUCCGGACCGUCCGCGGGGCUAGCGGUGACCCCGGUCGUUACCGGUACCACCACCUUCUCCACGCCCUUAAGCACCUCCUCGCCGUCGUCCUCCUCCUCGUCCUCGUCAUCAUCCUCGUCGUCGUCGUCCGCCUGUUCCUCUUCGUCGUCU